AUGGACAAGUACGAGGCGGUGCGGGACAUCGGGUCGGGGAACUUCGGGGUGGCGCGGCUGAUGCGCAACCGCGAGACCCGAGAGCUCGUCGCCGUCAAGUGCAUCGAGCGCGGCCACCGGAUUGACGAGAAUGUGUACAGGGAGAUCAUCAACCACCGCUCGCUGCGCCAUCCCAACAUUAUUCGCUUCAAGGAGGUGAUACUUACACCAACGCAUCUUAUGAUUGUGAUGGAGUUUGCAGCAGGUGGAGAGCUUUUCGAUCGGAUCUGUGAUCGCGGGCGGUUUAGUGAGGAUGAGGCCCGGUAUUUCUUUCAGCAGUUGAUCUGUGGCGUGAGCUAUUGCCAUUACAUGCAAAUAUGCCAUAGAGAUCUGAAGCUGGAGAAUGUUCUCUUGGAUGGCAGCCCAGCUCCACGGCUUAAGAUAUGCGAUUUUGGCUAUUCCAAGUCAUCAGUGUUGCAUUCAAGACCCAAAUCAGCAGUGGGAACCCCAGCAUAUAUUGCACCUGAGGUGCUAUCCCGUCGUGAGUAUGAUGGAAAGCUUGCAGACGUAUGGUCCUGUGGGGUGACUCUUUACGUCAUGCUUGUGGGAGCAUACCCAUUUGAAGACCCCGAUGACCCCAAGAAUAUACGCAAGACCAUUCAGCAAAUAAUGCAAGUGCAAUACAAGGUACCAGAUUAUGUCCACAUAUCUACAGAAUGCCAGCAACUUCUUGCCCGUAUCUUUGUUGCCAAUCCAAUGAGGAGAAUCACAAUGAAGGAAAUAAAGAGCCAUCCAUGGUUUUUGAAGAACCUACCACGGGAACUAACGGAGACUGCACAAGGCAUGUACUACAGGAGGGAUAACAGGGUGCCUUCUUAUUCAGACCAAACGUCGGAAGAAAUCAUGGAGAUAGUUCAAGAUGCAAGGACCAUGCCGAAAUCAUCCAGAUCAGGCUAUGGGUGGAGCAGUGAGUAUUCGGAUGAAGAAGAAGAGAAGGAAGAGGAACACAGACCAGAUGAACAUGAGGAAGAGGAAGAUGAAUACGAUCGGAGGGUGAAGGAGGUCCAUGCUAGCGGAGAACUCCGUUUCGAUACUCUUCAUAUAUGA